UUAGGAAAUUUUGUAAUCUGAGAUUGAGUCUCGCAUUGAACCUCGCGCUUUCUAUCUUUCAGCCCUGCCCCCUACUUUACCCCUUUAAAAAAUGGCCAAGACGGUCGCAAAAAAGCUAAACAAGGUCACGAAGCCCAAAGAUUCUCUUGUUAGCACGGCGGCGGAACCUUCUAAGAAACCCGACGCGAAAGCGAAGCUUGCUGUAGCGGAGAAGCCGAGUAGCAAGGCUGCUGGCAAGCGCAAGAGCAUUGAAGAGAAUUUCGGCGUGGAGAGAGUGAAGAGGAUAAAGGCGACGACCGAAGAGCCCGAGCAGAGCGUGUCGACUGAAAAAAGGGCUGCUGUCUCGAACAGCAAGGCGGAGGUGAAGGCGAAAGAAAAGGGCAAGAAGAGAGUGGAAGCGAUACAGGAGCAGCCAGAGGAACUCAAGACUGUGGCAUCAUCCAAGAGCAAAGCUACCAAGUCGAAGAAGGUUGCUGCCUCGGAACCAAAAGUCAAAAGUCCAUCGCCACCUCCAGAAGAGUCCGAUACCGAGGAGCACGAAGCGGAGGCAGACGUUGCCGAAGAGGAGGAGGAGGAGGAGGAGGAGGAUGUUCAGUUAUUUGACUUCUCGACAGACGAUGAUAACGACUCGUCCGAUGAUGAGCUGAACGUUGACCCGGAUCCUGUGGAGGUCGGCAAGCUCCCGACUAUCGCGAAAGACGAUGCUAUCGUUAAGAAGAAGCUGGAGAAGGCGAAGAGGAAGCCAACUGAGGACCGAGGCGUCAUCUACCUUGGCCGGGUACCCCAUGGCUUCUACGAAGAACAAAUGAAGUCCUACUUCAUGCAAUUCGGGGAUGUUACUCGGUUACGUCUCUCUCGUAACAAGAGGACUGGUCGUUCAAAACACUAUGCCUUUAUCGAAUUCGCGUCCUCGUCUGUCGCACAAAUUGUUGCUGAGACGAUGGAUAACUACCUCCUCAUGGGCCAUAUCCUCACGUGCAAAGUCAUCCCCAAGGAUAAAGUACACUCUGAACUCUGGAUCGGUGCCAACCGGAAGUGGAGAGCGGUCCCAAGGGAUCGUGUUGCACGCGUGCAACACAACAAGCUGCGAACCGAAGAAGAGCAGGAGAAGGUUGAGAAGCGUCUCCUGAAGCGUCAGGUCCAAAAGAAGCGCAAACUCGAGGAGGCUGGUAUCAAAUACGACUUCGACGCCGUGGCUUACAAAAAGAGAUCGAAGUCGAUAUCAUGAUCACAUAGACUGCACUCUACCGUUCUUGUCUGCCCACUUGUCGUAUCGUUGCUCUCAUUUUCUAGAUGGUACUCCUAGUAUCCUUUACGCCCUCCCUCGUGUGUGUGAAAUGUGGUAGUAUUGGAAGGUGAUGCUCGUACAACCUGCUCAUGUGUAUGCACCUAUAUUCUCUCCAACGCGACUAUCAGCGCGUCUGUGACAAAGAAAGGUCAGGCGCCACAACUCAUCUGUUCGACAGACCCCUCGUUAGACAGCUAUUCGCACCUAUCUACUACAGAAUUGAACAAUGACACUCAAAUCCCAACCCUAGCCUGAGUCUACUUACUUGCACAAUGGUCGAGAACACGAGCCCACCAUGCCUUCGGUCCUGUAGUGCCGCCGGCCUACCAUCGAGCUCUUCUUCACUCCUGCUGGAGUCGCGAGAGGUGUCGACGACCACGGCGCGCCUGCGGACAGAGUAGCGGGUGUUGAGCGUCGCGAGAAGCGAGCUGGCGUAGAGCUUGCCAAUCACAAAGCCGAGAUCGAGAGACUAGAGCGUGUUCGGGAAGACGGCGAACUGCAGAGAGGCGCGUGAGAAUGCCUGAUGAGAUGACGAAGCUAGUGAGGCGGACAUAUCAGCACGAUUUUGAGGGCGGCGAUCCCACUUGUAUGCGCGAGUUGGUCAAACGAUGACAACAUUUGGGCGGAAUGUGGCGGCUUACGAAGUGAGGAUACAUCGGUUUAUGGCGAAGAUAAUUAAAUUGUUGACCACGUUGUUCGUCCUGUCGGCGCAAAUCUCGGCGAAGCAAAGCAUGAGGGUGACCAAUCAGCGUACAUUAUGAAAUGUAACUUUGUCUUCCAUAAUAUCACGCAGAGCGAGGCGGCGAUGAUGACGUCGGAGACAACAGCAAAUAUCGCGAAAGGCAAGGCUAAAGUUCACUGUUUGG